UCUUGACAGGGAUCAUUUAUAAGAAACAAUUCCAGUUCACUUUUGAACGUUUUCUUGUGAAGGUGUCAUUCAAUUUUGUGUGUACAUCGUUUUGUGUUCAUCAUUCAUUUGGAUUUCAGUUCAAAAUGUCGAGAAACGAAGAUACUCCAAUUGCGACAAGAUGCAACAAUUACGGGACUACGCCAACGCCGCUUCUACAGACAACAGACCGGGGCUGCAGUGGCGAGAACAACAACACGCCACUUACAGUACCCUCACAGAUUUUCUGUUUGCAUGGUCGUUCAAAUAACAUUGAAGUUGAAGUUCGGGACCAUUGUCAUCGGGCACGUAGUGAGGGUGUGGACUUAAAGGCGCGUCGUAAGCUUAUUAUUGCUAGUAUAUUGUGUUUGGUUUUCAUGAUUGCGGAAAUUGUAGGAGGCGUCUUAUCGAACAGCUUAGCUAUUGCAACAGAUGCCGCACACUUGCUCACCGAUUUUGCUAGUUUUAUGAUCUCACUGUUUGCCAUCUGGAUAGCCGGACGUCCAUCUACGCAACGGAUGUCCUUUGGUUGGUAUCGUGCAGAGGUUAUUGGUGCCAUUGCUUCCGUGUUUAUGAUCUGGGUGAUUACUGGAAUUCUAGUUUGGCUGGCAAUCGGUCGUCUCAUCAACGGUGACUAUGAGGUGAAUGCCAAGAUCAUGCUGAUCACAUCGGGCCUUGCAAUUUUGGUUAAUGUCAUCAUGGGCGUGCAGCUGCAGCAUGGUCACUCCCACAGUCUGGGCGGUGGGCAUGGUCACAGCCACAGUCACAACAGCACAAAGAAGACAUCCAAAUCGAUGAAAGAAAAUAAGAUCACAGCUCAUGUGCAUGCCACCUCAACACCAUGUACCGCCUCCCCUACCAAGCGUAUCGAAGGUGGUGUCGCCUUUGAUCCAGAGGAUGCGGAAUUGCCUGGCGCAGGACUGCCUAGUUACUCGUAUCAAAAUGCUAAGUUGGUGGAUCCUAGCCUGGAUCUGGAAAUUGCUGCUGUCCUAGCAGAAACAGCUCCAGGCGCCCAUCACCAUGGGGGCAAUGCGGGUCACGAGGCAGUCAACAUGAAUGUGAGGGCAGCCCUGAUACACGUUAUUGGUGAUGUGAUCCAAAGUGUUGGCGUCUUUGUGGCUGCCGGCGUCAUCUACUUUUAUCCCGAAUACGCUAUCGUUGACCCGAUUUGUACAUUUGUCUUUUCCAUUAUUGUUCUGUUCACAACGUUCACAAUUAUGAAGGAUGCACUUUUGGUGCUGAUGGAGGGCACUCCAAACUAUAUGCAUUAUGCCGAAGUUUUGCAGAUAUUCCAGCGUAUUAACGGUGUCGAGCGUGUUCACAAUUUGCGCAUCUGGGCGCUGAGCAUUAAUAAAGUGGCGCUAUCUGUACAUUUGGCCAUUGCAACCAAUGCGGAUUCAAAACAAAUUUUAGACGCAGCUACUUCGGCGGUUCAUUUGAGGUACAACUUUUUUGAGACAACUAUUCAGAUCGAGGACUAUACCGCUCAAAUGGAAAACUGCAACCAAUGUACGGUGCCAGAAAACUAGAUGAUUUAAAAAUUCCAAUAUUUCUUAGACUUACAAAUUGUAAGUGUAUUAGUUAAGCUCCAGUCCAAUAUGACUAAUAAAUACUGCGCCGGCUUAUCAUUAAAUUUUGGUGAGGUUGAAAUCCUAACCUUAAAUCUAAACUUUGUAUGGAACAUGAUAUAAACUAUUUUCCAACAUAUUUGUUCUGGGAUAAGUUAUA